AUGAUCUUCGACGUCGCUGCUGUUGUUCGCCACAUGAGUCAGGGAAUCACGCUGAAAAGGGGUACAGUCAUUAUGACUGGGACUCCGGAUGGUGUUCUUGCGCGCGAGAAACCCCAAGUCUACCUCAAUUCUGGAGAUCUUGUCGAGGUUGAAAUCGAGAAGAUAGGGAAGAUCGCAAACAAGAUGGUCUUCACGUCGUAA